AAAAACUUACUUUUCUGUACCUUGGAUCGGAACUGAGACAACACUCGAAUCCAUUAGAAUCCAUACGUUUCCACAGUAACAAGAAACCGAUUUUGGCGGAGAACCCCUAACAGAUUUAUUUCUUGUAAUACAUUUAAUCUUCUUGUGAAGUUUAAUAAAGAGUUGAAUCACAUAUUAUAAAUUUUUGCUUUAAAAAGUGAGUAAAAUUGUUGCAAUGAGAAAUAUGACCAUUUUGAAUGAAUUAUUUCUCAUUGGACUGUCUGAGCUUCCAGGUCUUCAGCUCCCUCUAUUUCUCUUCUUCCUUCUCAUCUACCUUCUGACAUUAAUCUGGAAUGGUCUGAUCAUCGUCCUCAUAGUCACCGACUCUCACCUCCAUGUUCCUAUGUAUUUCUUUCUUGGGAACCUGGCCGGUUUGGACCUCUGUUGUUCCUCCGUCACCGUCCCGCGAAUGUUAUUUGACCUUCUCACCAAGAAAAGAAAGAUUGCCAUUACAACUUGUAUAACCCAAGUCUUCUUCUUUAUAUUCUUUGCCAUCUCUGAGGUUUUCCUGUUGGCUGUCAUGUCCUAUGAUCGAUAUACCGCUAUUUGUCAACCAUUACAUUACACACAGGUCAUGAGUUGGCAAGUUUGUUUGCAGUUGGUGUCCAGUGUCUGGUGUCUCGGGUUUACCUAUUCUUUAGUUCACACUCUUUAUGCCUUCAAGUUAACAUUUUGUGGAUCAGAUAUUGUAGAAAGUUUCUUCUGUGACCUUCCCCAAUUGUUUCAGAUUUCCUGCAGUGACAUCUACAUCAACAUUCUUCUCAUCUUUGUCUUGGGUGGAUUUCUUGGAGUUGGCUCUUUAAUAUUGACCUUCCUGUCCUAUGUCUAUAUAGUCAAAACUGUUCUUAAAAUGCAAGCUAAGGGUAAAAGGAGUAAAGUUUUCUCUACAUGUACCUCUCACCUGUCAGUGGUCUUCAUAUUUUAUUGCUCUGUUAUGUUUAAUUAUUUUCGGCCAAGUGCUAGUGAUCAUUUUCCUGGUGACAAAGUGGUGGCUGUCUUUUACACGGUGAUCCUCCCUCUCCUCAAUCCUCUUAUUUAUAGUUUGAGGAGCCAGGAUUUCAAAACAGCAUUUCAAAGUGUUUUAAGAAAGAUCUUCACACCGAAAUAG